AAAGCCAGUGACAUGAAAAUGGAAAAUCACACAUCAGUGUCACAAUUCCUCCUCCUGGGGCUCUCAGAUGAUCCUGAGCUACAGCCCCUUCUCUUUGGGCUGUUCCUGUCCAUGUACCUGGUAACAGUGCUUGGGAACCUGCUCAUUAUCCUGGCCAUCAGUUCUAAUUCCCACCUGCACAACCCCAUGUACUUCUUCCUCUCUAACUUGUCUUUUGUUGACAUCUGCUUCACCUCCACCACAGUUCCAAAGAUGCUGGUGAACAUUCAGGAACAGAAUAAAGACAUCUCCUAUUGUGGGUGCCUCAUACAGGUGUAUUUCUUAAUCAUUUUUUCUGGAAUGGAUAAUUUCCUACUAUCUGUGAUGGCCUUUGACCGCUUUGUGGCCAUAUGUCACCCCCUAAACUACAUGGUCAUAAUGAACCCACUCUUCUGUGGCCUCCUGGUCCUUCUAUCUUGGCUUAUUAUUUCUUGGGUCGCUCUGCUUCAUAUUUUACUAAUGAAACGACUGACAUUCAUGGUACACACUGAAAUCCCACAUUUCUUUUGUGAACUUGCUCAGGUUAUCAAAGCAGCCAGUUCUGAUACCUUCAUCAGUAUCAUCUGCCUCUAUGUGUCAGUUGUCCUGAUAGGUGUGUUUCCAGUGGCUGGGAUUCUCUACUCCUACUCUUAUAUUGUCUCAUCCUUAUUGAGGAUGUCCUCCACGGUGAGAAAGUGCAAGGCAUUUUCCACCUGUGGGUCUCACCUCUGCGUGGUCUGCUUGUUCUAUGGAACAGCACUUGGGGUUUACCUUAGUUCUGCUGUCACCGGGUCUUCCCAGGGAAACAUGAUAGCUUCACUGAUGUACACUGUGGUCACCCCCAUGCUGAACCCCUUCAUCUACAGCCUGAGGAACAAGGACGUGAAGGGGGCCCUGGGAAGACUCCUCAGAAGAGCAGUCUCUUGGAUUUGA